CACCUCCCAUGUAAAUCACUGAAAUGGCUUUUACUCCUUUUGAAGUGUCGGUGCUCACAUAAAGCGAAAGCACGAGCAAUCAAUGGUUGAAAAAUACACGUACCCAACAAGACCACCAUACCCUCCCAACGGUCUAAAUUCACAGAAACCUUGAUGGUCUUGAUUUGGCUACAAAGAAAAGAUUUUGAGAGUAAUAGUAACAUUAAUAAUGUGAUUCCCCAAUUCUUUUACUACCUUUGAGUAACAAAGCAACCUUUAUCCUUUUCUGGCCCUUUGAAAAAGACACCGGCACUUCAUUAUCACGCCAACAACGAUUCUUGGUCUACCAGGUGUCCAUGUGAGAUGCCCUGAAAACAGGAGGAGAAGCUUUCUGGGUGCGUGAGAGAGCUUCUUGCAUGUGAAUGUUAUAAUAAAUUUGUUUGCUUUUCUCUUAAUUUAUUUUUUCCAUUGAAGUUUGCAAUACCAAUUUAGCAAAACCCAGGACCCAGAUCUGAAGCUGAGCUGAAGUUUCUGUGCUUUGGAGGAUGAAGGUUCAGUAUCAGAGAAGUGGAGCUCUUUCUGGGUUCUUGGUUCUCAUCUUUCCUGUUUUCUUACCUGGAUUGUUUAGUCCAUUGAGCCAUGCUUCUCCUUCUAUGCUCUCGGAGUUGAAUGCUCCAAAACCCAAGCACUCAUCUCUAUUGAAUAGUGCUUUGCAACGACAGAGUUCAAAUGAAAAGCAGUCUGAUCUCUGGACUCCUUUGGCUGACCAAGGAUGGAGGCCAUGUGUUGAAUCGACGAAUGCCCCCUCAACACCACAAGAAUCGCAGGGAUAUCUCCAGGUAUUUCUUGACGGAGGAUUGAAUCAGCAGAGAAUGGGGAUUUGUGAUGCUGUUGCGGUUGCUAGAUUACUGAAUGCAACACUUGUGAUUCCACAUCUUGAAGUAAACCCUGUUUGGCAAGAUUCAAGCUCGUUCAUGGAUAUAUUCGAUGUCGAUCACUUUAUAGAGACAUUAAAAGAUGACAUAAAUAUAGUAAGAGAGCUGCCUGAUGAUUUUUCCUGGAGCACAAGGGAAUUUUAUGCCGCGGCUAUUCGAACGACUAGGAUUAAAACGGCACCUGUUCAUGCUUCAGCUAACUGGUAUCUAGAGAAUGUCUUGCCUGUACUGGAGAGUUAUGGAAUUGCUGCUAUUGCCCCAUUCUCUCACCGUUUGGCAUUUGACAACUUGCCUAUGGACAUCCAACUGUUACGCUGUAAAGUUAAUUUUCAAGCAUUAGUUUUUGUUCCCCACAUUACAGCACUGGGAGAUGAACUCGUCAGUCGCCUUCGCUAUCCUUCAGAUAGCAGUGAAGCACUUGAUAAUGACCACCUACGAGAAACCACUGAUGCUGUUGUCAAACAAGGUGCUCGGAAAUUUGUUGCACUACAUCUUCGCUUCGACAAGGAUAUGGCUGCCCAUUCAGCUUGUGAUUUUGGCGGGGGCAAAGCUGAAAAACUGGCUCUGGCCAAGUACAGACAAUUGAUUUGGCAGGGAAGAGUCCUAAACUCCCAGUUCACUGAUGAAGAGUUGAGAAGUCAGGGGCGUUGCCCUUUGACUCCAGAAGAGAUUGGAUUACUAUUGGCAGCUUUGGGCUUUGACAACACAACUCGUCUUUAUCUUGCCUCCCACAAGGUUUAUGGUGGGGAAGCUAGGAUUUCAACUUUACGCAAGUUGUUUCCACUGAUGGAAGACAAAAAAAGCCUUGCUUCUUCAGAAGAACGGGUCAGCAUUAAAGGCAAGGCUUCUUUGUUAGCUGCAGUUGAUUACUAUGUUGGCAUGCACAGCGACAUCUUUAUCUCCGCUUCUCCAGGGAACAUGCACAAUGCACUGGUGGGACAUCGAACUUUUGAGAACUUGAAGACGAUCAGGCCGAACAUGGCACUGUUGGGCCCACUCUUCCUGAACAAAAGUAUUAGCUGGUCAGAUUUCCAGGAGGCAGUGGUUGAAGGGCAUGGAAACAGAGAAGGGCAGAUCAGGUUAAGGAACCCUAAACAGUCCAUAUAUACAUACCCUGCCCCUGAUUGUAUGUGUAAUGUUAAAGGGUGAUUUUAUCCAUUGUUGAAGUCUUAAGGUCUGUAUCUCCAAGUGCUGUUUCUGCACUGCACGUAUUAUUUGUGGCGCUAUAUUGUUUGUAUUAUAAAUAAGAAAAGGCAUUCCAUUUUCCCAUUCAUAAGAUCAUAGGCGUGUUUAUUGAACAUCUACAGAUAUAAAAAAACUGUUGAGUGUUGUGAUUUAUAGAGCAAGGAUUGUAUUUGUCAGUAGUUUCUUCAGGACCUCAACAUUAUUGUGAUGUAGUUACAUAUUUAUUCAAUACUGUACUUUUUUUUC